AGUCUCUAUUUCACUUUUCAUUGCUGAUGAUCAGUAUCACUCACCCGGUUUGCUUCCAAGUGAGCGCUGUAGCAUUUAAAGCUUUUAGAGUUUCCUGAAGUUCGUUGUACCAUUUACAUCUCGCCAUCAUGCCAAUUGAGGUCGGACAAUCGCUGCCUGCCAUUGAGGUGCAGGAAAAUGACCCAGGCAACAAGGUGUCCAUGGACCAGCUCUUCAAGGGGAAGAAGGGGGUGCUUUUUGCUGUCCCCGGGGCCUUCACCCCUGGGUGUACUAAGACACACCUCCCUGGGAUCGUGGCGCAGUCAGCGGAGCUGCAGCGCAAGGGGUUCGCGGAGGUGGCCUGCAUUUCCGUGAAUGACGUCUUUGUCAUGGCUGCCUGGGGAAAGGAGCAAGGGGCCGAGGGCAAGGUCCGAAUGCUAGCCGAUCCUACAGGAGCCUUCACUAAGGCAGUUGAUCUGCUGCUGGCUGAUGAUCAUCUAUUCGAGGUUCUGGGGAACCAGAGAUCCAAAAGGUAUGCGAUGGUGGUGGAAGAUGGCGUUGUGAAAAAAAUAAACGUGGAACCUGACGGCACAGGCCUUACGUGCAGCCUGGCCUCCAACAUCCUCGCUGAAAUAGUGUAAACAAGUUUAGACAAGUUUGUAUCUUGUAGUAAUUCCAGCUUUCCUAUCAGUUACUCUAUAAUUUCCUGUUUUCAUCUGUCUUUUCAGUGAGUUGACUUUGGGUCCUGUGAGAACAGGCAUAUGUAAACAUUACGCACAACUAACCUUGAUAAACCAGUAUGUUGACAAACUGGUUUUUGCCAGGAUGACCAUUGGAGCACUUAAAGACCGGUCAAUCUCACAUUAGCUUUGAGGAAUUCCUGCACUGUGAGUCUCCUUUUGUUACUGUAAAUGCAGUGUUUUUCAUUGUUGAUCCUAAGACAUUCACUCAAUACGCACAAAGUAAAAUUCUAACUAAGCAAUUGA